CCAGGUACGGAAUGCGCCCUCGAAUCUGAGAGUCCUUCCCAGUAGUCGUCGUUGGCUUUUACAUCUAAGUUCUUUUGGCCGAAACGUUACCUGAACCAUGGCCUUAUUCAAAGUCUUUGGGGCUAAUUGGCUUGCCGCGCUAGUGGUUCUCCUUUUCGCGGUUGGAACAGUCGUUUCUAUGCCGAACUCAUUGCCAAAACUGGAGAAGGUUCCGCACGGCUAUGCAAAGAACUGGCUUUACAGUCGUGGCGGAAAGCCGAGGAACGAGACGAAGCCGGUCAACGCAGAGUCUUGUGUAGCGCCCGUUGUGCAGACAAUUACUGCCCCCAAGGAAAAUAUCUUUGCUGGUCUGUCUGAUGUGGAGGCCGCCUCUGUCGUCGCCUUCCUCUUCGAUCAGAAAACCCUCAACUUAACCACUUCCGAUGAAGCGGGCAGCUGGGACAAUACCAUUACUCUCGUGGAACUUUUGCAACCCAACAAGACAGCCGCCCUCAGCUAUUUGGACGGCAACGGUACCCCUCCUGUACGCUAUGCUCAUGUUAUGCUCAAUUGUCGAUCAACCGAAGAACCCUAUUACCAGGACUUGACCGUCGGGCCGUUGCCCAUUUCGAAUGGAACGACUACGAUCGCCGCUCUGGAGUAUCCAUACACUCGCAAGACUGAGGGCAAAGUCCGAAAUUUGGAUGCCGAUGCUGAUGAAGCUCUCUACGCCGACUGGUUGUACGUGAUUGCAGCAGAGAUCCAGGAUAUUACUCUUGACUGGUUUGGAGGCGUCGCUGUGGGAGAGGACAAUGACACUCUGUCUGUUUGGGGCAUCGAUCCGUUGUGGCAAGAUGAUGGAAUCAUUCGAUGGGACCAAUUUUGGAACACCCCAACUGGUGACUUCGACUCUGGGACACUGCUUCCAACCGGCCUCUAUUUCGGCUCCAAUGUCACUGGCAGGGAUGCUUCUCAGUGGGAGCUACUUGGAUGGUAUUACAAUGGGAUCUAUUACAAAACUACUGAAGAUUUCAAAGCAGCAUACGCAAGUCCGGAUUUCGUCAAGCACAACCCGAAUGUUGAUGGCGACUGGGCCUGGACAGACCACCUGGGAUCUAGUCCAGAGCAGGAUGUUAUCGCACCUCCAGUUUCCGUUGCUCCGUCUGGAUCCCGGUAUGCCGUUGACGUUCCGCAGAAGUACGUCAAAUGGAUGGACUUCGAGUUCUACAUUUCUUUCAACCGAGAUUUGGCCAUGCAGCUGCAUGACAUCAAAUACAAGGGUGAACGAGUGCUCUACGAGCUCGGCUUGCAAGAAGCGCUUGCACAUUAUGCCGGCCAAGACCCGACGCAAUCCGGUACUGCGUACCUUGAUAGUUUUUACGGAUUUGGCCCAUAUAGCUUCGAGUUGGUUGCUGGCUACGACUGCCCUUCCCAUGCAACCUACUUGGACACCCAAUUCUACACGGGCGAGACGACGCACACGCACAAGAAUAGCAUUUGCUUGUUUGAGAAAGAAGCGCAGCAUGCCAUGUCUAGGCAUAGCACUGGCAGCUAUGUCACGGUCAAUAAGAACAUAUACUUCACCGUAAGGAACAUUUGCACCAUUGGUAACUACGACUACAUGUUUUCAUACGAAUUCUACAUGGAUGGGAGCAUGAAGGUGGAAGUUCGAGCAUCGGGUUAUAUCCAGUCGGCUUUCUUCGCGAACAACGAUGAUUAUGGUUAUCAGAUCCACGACUCACUUUCAGGAUCCAUGCACGAUCACGUCCUCAACUUCAAGGCCGAUUUCGAUGUCCUCGGCACAUCCAACACGUUGACUAAGACUGCUCUCGUUCCCACCACAGAAACUUAUCCGUGGUCAAUGGGGAAGAGCCGCAACACCAUGAAGCUGAACAAAACGCGAGUUGUCUCCGAGGACGAAAGCAAGCUCUUCUGGGACCACAACUCGCAGACUCAGUACCAAAUCGUCAAUCUUGACAAGCCGAACAAAUAUGGCGAGUCCCGAGGUUGGCGCAUCUCGCCCUCCGAAGGAACGGCGCAUCUUACCGUCGAGAACAGCAGCAAUCUUCAAAAUGCAGCCAAUUGGGCGAAGUAUGACUUUGCUGUCACCCGUCGCAAGGAUACCGAGCCGCGCGCUGCUCACGCGUACAACUCACAAGACGUCGCCAAUCCUCCGGUUGACUUUGAUGACUUCUUUGAUGGCGAGAGCCUGGAACAGGAGGAUCUGGUGGUGUGGUUCAAUCUGGGAAUGCACCACGUCCCGCACACUGGCGAUCUGCCGAACACGGUGAUGACGAAUGCGCAUAGUUCGGUUCAGUUCUCUCCACUGAACUAUUUGAUGGGCGACGCUGGCAGGGAGUCAGUCAACAUGGUCCGUGUCCAAUAUGGUGAAGGGGAGCCGAGUGACGUUGUGACAUUCGGAGGACAAGAACCGCAGUGCUUGGUUGAUAUGGCCACCUUGCAGCCAGAUCUGACCACCUACAUCGGCGACGUGGUCAUCAGGAAGUUUCCUUUCGACCCCAACAACCCGUACUUUGAGACGGGUUCCAUUUAGACAAUGCUGUGGUCACAAGCCGGCGCUUGAGUCCGGAGCUCAUAGGAUUGGUGUUAGAUGCAGCAGGCAGUACGUUGCAAUGUGUAAAUAGAGAAUGGCGAAUGGUGCAAGGGAAU